AUGUGCAAACGCGAUCAUCCGGAGGUGGACCAGGAGGCGUCUAGGCAAGCGCUCAUCAAGGCAGAAACGAUUAUCAUGGAGGGGGUGAGCGCGGAGAGGUACCGCCACAAGAUGCGUGGGGAUCUUUGUUCACAUGCCGAGGGAACGCUGAUUCCCGAGCUGCAGCGCCAGGGUCUCCGCAUACCUCUGCAGCCUGUUCCCGUUAUCGACGACAAUGGAUACAUCUGCGUCGACCCUCCCGUGGACAUCCGAAGAGAGCUGCUAGUCCACAAGGAGAAGUUCGCUGUGAUUGAGCACGACAUACAAGUUCUGACGGCCAAGAUCGAGUAUCUGGCCAUCCGCAAAGGCGUGACGUCGGACGAGCUGGACGCAGGGGCGCGCCAACACCUUGGUGCCGUGGUCGACACGCUGGUAGAGUCGGCGACUCCACGCAAGCACGCUAAAGCAGACCCUACCGCGGACAGCAGUGGCCCAAUGGAAGUCGCGCAGACUCCACAGAAGCGUGCACUGGCGGCAGUCCCAUCAAUCUCUCCCUGUCAUGCACCUCACACACCUGCCGUGAAAGAUAGCCAAGUUACUGCCGGAGACGCGACACCUGCUGUGGUCAGGCAACAACAGCGCGACCAGCUUGCAGUGGCUUUGCGCAGUCGCGCUAAGACUCCCAUGCCCGCAGCUCCAGGUAACCCCGGGCGGGUCGCAAGCAGCGGCCGGGUGGGAGUUAUGUGGAACGCAGAGAAGCAGAGGUACUACGUCCGGAUCAUAUCUGCUCGCCGUCAGCAGGUUCGUCUGGGGUCGUACGAGGACAAGGACGAGGCGUCAUACGCGUAUGCUGCGGGAGCCGUUGUACUUCGCCCGAACUCACGCAUCAGCUGCACGGUUGAGCUGUCCGACUGUGACAGGCAGGCUUUAGCCGGUUGCACAGAGGAGAUCCUAAGGCUACUCGUGAAGUACAGGCGCUGGAACAGAUGGAGGGAGUGGCGGACAGCAAUGGCUGGCCUGGACGACGCGCGGGCGGUCGAGACCCGUUCGCGGCGAAAGGGCAGAGCGUCCCGGGCCAGUAGUGACGUUGAGGAGGUGCAGGCGAUCACGCCGACGACACAGGACCAGCCUAUGGCUGAAGAGCCAGAGGACGGAACAGAGUGUUACACGGAUGACGACGAGUCCGUGGACGAUGAUGCUGAGUAUGAACCGGGAUCCGAUACUUUCGGCGAAGAUGAUGGAUGGGAGGAUGUGAACUGUGCAGAUGGUGUUGCAUGA